AUGAAGAGCACACCACUGUGGAAGCUCACUUUGCAAGUGUUUGUUUCGUUCAUCAUUAUUGCUAGCCACUUGGCACGACCAGUAGUUGCAGAAGGUGGUGAUUCAGGUUUCAUCAGCAUAGACUGUGGAGCAAGCCGAGAUUACGUAGAUGAUGUAACGGGGAUUCAGUACCAGACAGAUGAAGGCUUCAUUGAAAGCGGAACUAAUUAUGAAUUAUCAUCACCGGCCAAUGAAUUAUUAUCAAACAUUAAUUGCCUUAGUAAUUUUCCAACCGGUGAACGACAGCUAAUGACGCUGAGAAGUUUCUCGGAGGGACGAAGAAACUGUUACGCUCUAAAACCAAAGCACGAGAUUGAGCAGAAGUAUCUAAUCAGAGCCUUGUUUGCAUAUUGGAAUUAUGACUCUAAAAACCAAGGUCCAGCGUUUGACCUUUACCUGGGGGUCAAUUACUGGACCACUGUUUACUUAUUUUAUCAGCCUUGCCAACUCCAUGAGAUCAUAUUGCAACGAUAUAGCAAUACAGAAAUAUUACAAGUGUGCUUGGUAAACACAGGACAAGGCACGCCUUUCAUCAAUACUUUGGAAUUAAGGCCAUUAAACAACUCUCUUUAUCCGGCUCCACUUCCCCUAUAUGCUGACUUUGGAAGAGCUGACGUGGGCGCCAGGCUCUCACCCUCUACUACCAGGUACAAAGACGAUGUGUACGAUCGCUUGUGGUCCAGCUACUAUGAUCAAAAUGAUCCCUUUGAAACGAAUGUAGAAGUAGAGGCAGAAGACUCCGCUUAUAAACUGCCAUCAGAAGUAUUACGCACUGCUUUGCAACCUCUGAAUCAUUCGGAUCUCUUAACCUUCAAUUUGAUUUUCCAAAAAAUGGGCCAACAUUAUUUGUUCCUUCAUUUUGCUGAAAUUCAAAAGCUUCCUCCUGGCCACAAGAGGAUUAUGAAUGUCACUUUUGACGAUGAUAAUUCCUUGUCUCAGCAACUUACUCUUGAAUACUUGAAGCCUAUUACCCUAUGUUCUAACAAGAUCACUAAAGGUUAUAUAAACUUCACUAUUAGAGCAGCAGCUGCUUCGGAUGCUCCUCCUAUUCUUAAUGCUUUUGAAGUUUAUAUAUCCCUCCCACAACUGAAUUUCCCAACAGCUACACUGGAUGUUAAUGCUAUCAUGCAAAUCAAGCAUAUUUAUGGGAUCUGUAGAAUCAGUUGGCAAGGCGACCCAUGUGUUCCAUCUAAGUUAACAUGGGAUGGUCUGAAUUGCAGCUCUGGCGAUAAUAUAAGGAUAAUUUCUUUGAACUUGAGCUCAAGCAAACUCACUGGACAAAUUGCUACAGCCAUUGCUAGUUUGGAAAAACUGGAGUCCUUGGAUUUGUCGAAAAAUGAAUUGAUCGGUCCACUACCAGAAUUUCUGGCAACUCUUCCUAAUUUGAGACUCAUUGAUGUGUCAGGAAACAAGCUCACAGGUUCAAUUCCUAAGGCUUUUAGGGAGAAAGCCAAUUUGGAGCUAAGAGUGGCUAAUAAUCCAGGCCUUUGUCAGACAAAUUCCUGCAAAGGACAUAAGUUUUUAAUUCCACUUAUUGAAUCAGUUUCAGCUUUGGUCAUCGUUAGUGUCCUUGUUUCUUUGGUGAUCUGGAGAUUUAGAAAGAAAAGAGGUAUUGCUUUUUACCUAUAUAUGAUGGAAAUUCUAAAACCAAAAAAUCAAGUGUUUUCUUGCUCUGAGGUUCUAUGUAUCACAAACAAUUUGGAAACUACUAUUGGAGAAGGAGGGUUUGGGAAAGUUUACCUCGGCACUUUAAGUGAUGAUACACAGGUUGCUGUUAAGCUACUUUCUCCAUCUUCAAGGCAAGGGUAUAGGGAAUUUCAAUUAGAGGCUCAACUCUUAACAGUCAUCCAUCAUAGAAACUUGGUUUCACUUGUUGGAUUUUGUGAUGAAAACGAUGUCAAAGCAUUGAUCUAUGAAUAUAUGGAUCUUGGAGACCUCAACGCACUAUUGUCAGAUAAAAACUCAGAAGUUUUAAAAUGGAAUGAGAGACUUCAAGUUGCUGUAGAUGCAGCCAGAGGAUUGGAAUAUCUUCAUGAUGGUUGUAACACUCCCAUUAUCCAUAGAGACUUGAAACCAUCCAACAUUUUAUUAAAUAAUUGCAUGGUAGCCAAGAUUUCUGAUUUUGGACUAUCUAGGGAAUUUAAAAAUGAAAAAGAUUCUCAUUUAUCAACUCAACCAGCUGGAACACUUGGUUAUAUUGAUCCUGAAUUCCAAAGGUCUAGAAAACUAAACAAAAAAAGUGACAUAUAUAGUUUCGGGAUGAUUCUUCUUCAACUAAUCACAGGCCAUCCCCCAAUAAGAAGAGAACUUGAGGAUAAUUGUUUCAUCAUUGAUUGGAUCCGUCCAAAAAUUGAGUGUGGGGAUAUCCAAGGCAUUGUUGAUCUAAGGUUGACAGGUGAAUUCCUAGCUGCUUCUGCAUGGAAAGCUAUUGAGAUAGCAAUGUCAUGCAUUGCACCUCAGUCCAUCCAAAGGCCAGACAUUAGUUAUGUGUUGCAAGAACUAAAGGACUGUUUAGUUAUGGAGAUGUGUCUUGCCAAUUCAAAUGGCAUACCAAGGCAUUCAAUCAAUCAUUCUGGGCAGCUUGAUUCAAUCUCUACCCCCUCAGCUAGGUAG